AUGGGCGGCAUAGGCAGACAUUUUUACCUCAAUAUGUUGAAUGGAACAGACGCGCAAAGUUUUACUAAAGACGCAGAAUUAAACAGCCACCUGCACCGGAACCGGGAGUUACAGGACUCGAUUCCAAACGCACAGGACAGUUUCUCUUUACCGUUCCACGCUGAGCACCACCAAAGUGUCUCUGGUGGAUUCGGAUCGCAGACCGGCAGGUUUUACUCACCGGCUCCGCUCGGCAGCUGUCAUUUUAACACCCGGAGCGGGACGGGACAGACUUAUGUUUCGACCGGAGCGGAUGCAUAUUCAACGAACGGUAAAGAAGUUUACCCGAGCAGCCUAGACGGUUACCCUGCGCCUUUUCAGCACGGGUACCCGCGAACACCGAUGUACUCUUUACCUGGUCUACAGGUGUCGGGGAAGACCCAGGUGGUCCUCAACAACUACCCGCUCUGGGCGAAGUUCCACAAAUAUCAAACAGAGAUGAUCAUAACAAAACAGGGACGGAGGAUGUUCCCUUUCCUCAGCUUUAACAUCAGCUUGCUGGACCCCUCGGCUCAUUACAACAUAUAUGUGGAUGUAAUUCUUGCCGACCAGCAACAUUGGAGGUAUCAAGGUGGCAAAUGGGUCCAGUGUGGCAAGGCAGAAGGCAAUAUGCCAGGAAACAGAAUGUAUAUGCACCCAGAUUCGCCCAAUUCUGGGAAUCACUGGAUGAGACAGGAAGUUUCCUUUGGCAAAUUGAAACUCACCAAUAAUAAAGGCAGCUCGAACAAUGUAGCACAGAUGAUAGUGCUCCAGUCACUCCAUAAGUACCAACCACGUCUACACAUUGUGGAAGUGAAGGAGGAUGGAAUGGUGGAUCCUUUCCUGACCUCUAAGUCUCAGAUAUUUGUCUUUCCUGAGACUCAGUUCAUUGCCGUCACUGCCUACCAGAACGCAGACAUCACUCAGCUGAAAAUAGAUCACAACCCUUUUGCUAAAGGUUUUCGGGACAAUUAUGACACGCUGUAUGCGCCACACGACUCAGACCGCCUCACGCCUUCCCCAACCGAAGGCCAGCAGCUCCUCACAGGUAGUUGUUACCCUCAUCAGCCCUACCUGUCUGAUCAGUACAUGAGCCCCCUGCCUCAAAGUCGGUUCUAUGGUCGUGAGCCCAUCAGCAUGGCCCAGCAAUGCCCCAAAGAUCCUGCUGCCAGCCCACACAGCCGCUGGUACCUAUCCAGCCAGCAGGGGCCCAACUGCCUCGACUUCAAUGCGUAUGAUAGUGAAUAUGCUUCCAACAGUCUCUACAAGCCAAUUGCACUUCAGACAUCUCCCCAUCACCCACUGAGCUACUAUUCUGAAAGCCCCUUUGCCUCUGGGGCGUUGUCUGGUGCCAGCCCAGGACCAUGGAGCUCAGGAAGGCCCUCACCGCAGUACCUUAAUCAUCCCCACCAUGGUAAACCCGGGUCCAGCCUGAGCUGGUUUCGAACCAUUACGUCCCCAGCCACAUCCUCCUCUCCCUCAGCGACAAGCUCACGUUUCCAUUCUUCCCCGUCUCUGCUGGAGCUCCAGCGCCAGCCACUGCUCCAGGACAAGUCUAAAGAUUCUGGAGAGGACCCCUGGAUAGAAGCCCCCUCAGUCAAAUCAGUGGACUCAGCUGACUCGGGUUUGUUUGAGGGAGGAGAAAACAAGAAGAGGCGGGUGUCACCUUACACGUCCAGCAAUGAAAAUUCCCCUCCCAACCGCAGCACAGAAGCUUGUGAAAAGGACAAUUGCUGUGAUGCAGGAUACUAUGGCUUCUACACCCACUGAAGACCAAGACCCAGACUGCGCUUCUGCUGUCAUCCACCCACAGUGUUGCACUGUCUGUCUGCUUGACCAGAACACAGGGUGAAGUUCUCUUUGAUAGUAGCUAAGGGGCAGCAGGGGCAAAGAAUACUACACAACUUUGUCCUGUUCUUGAUAUAUUGCCAGACAAAGCAAUGCUCUCAAGCCACUUUUCAUAGACAGGGUGCCAGUGCUAAUGUCAUUGUCCAAUCUUGAAUUAUUCUGUGCAUUUUCAACGCCGAAAAGGUGGCUCUGGGCUGGAAUAAAAUUGCCCCUAAAACUUGCUGGUUUCGAAACAGGAACAGGAAUUUAAGAGGUGGUGGAGGGGGUGAUAUUUCACUGGCUAGAUUGAAGCAACGCAAAACUAGUUCUAAACAACAAAGUUUUCUACACUAGAAACGCUCAAUGCGGCAUUGCAACACGCGUUCACGCAAUAAAAAAUUAAGUGAAUAAAUAUAAAUAAAUUUAGUCUUAAAUACAAUUGAAUUUAUUCGUUAUAAUAUACAACGACAAGAAUGGCAAAUUGACAUGAAUUAGGUUUCCAUCCACAUGUUUUUUGUGCAAAUGUAAAUACAAUUUCAAAAAUGCACACAGAAUUUUUUUUUUAAGUAUUCAAUAAGACAAGUGCAUACUACGAUUCCUAAAGUUGGGCAUCAAAACAGUAAUGUGACUUUGCCACAACCAAAGGCGCUGAAUCAAAUUACUUUCGAUGUUUAAAUUGUAAUGUUUAAUGUGUCUGUUCAUGUUUAUUCUGUUGGUUCAUUUUUUCAUGUCUUUUAUUUUGAAAAGUCUAGUUCCUAGUUCUUGCCAUGUGAUUUCAUGUUUCCCUCCAUGUUCAUGUGUCUUGUUUUCAUUGGUUCAUUGUUUGAUUCAUUGUUAUUAGUUCUAGUUUGUCAUUGGUUUUAGGUUAUUAGUCUUGUUAUCUUGUUUAGUGUUCUGUUUGAUAAUUGGAUUAUGUUCCACCAUGUCAUGUAUUUAAGCCCUCAUGUUUACCAUUGUCCUUUGUCUAAUAUUGUUUGUGAAUGUAACGUUGUUUCAGCCCAGCCCAGCCCAGCCAUGUUUAUGUUUAGUUCUCGUUUAUUGUCAAAGUCUUCAUCAUUGUAUAUGCCAUCAUCGUUACAGAAAUGUUUUCAAAACUCGUAACAUCGCAAACAAAGAACGCAAUAUGGCAUGUUUAUUUAUAGGCAGGUUAUGUAGUGAAGUAGUCUUUUAUGGCAUUGUGUGGCUCUCAGAUUGUUACAAAUCCCCCGGCCAAGCUCCAGCAUGAGAACCAGCACCAUUUCGGUGGAAAAGGGAUUUCAGUCUGCUUUGUGAUAGGUGGCUCAUCUGUGCUUUGUGAUCCCUUUGUUAGUUGUUUGGGGGUAAGGUCAGGUGGAGGUAUUCUGAAGGUUACUCUCAGACAAAGACACUGUGACUGCACUGAGACACUGGCCUGGAGACCCACAGACAGACAAACCUGUGUGGUUUCAGACACUUUAGCAACUGAAGAUUUCAUGACACACCUGCUGACACUCCCCCAAAGGAACUGUCUUGUCCCCCUCAUCAGACCCAGACAUGGAAAGCACCUCGCAAAGCCUACACGCCACUCUUUCUUACAUGCAUACUUAACAAAUACAUACACACACAAAUGUGCAAUCAAAUCAUUUUCAUCUGUUUUUAAAAAUUUGGAGAGGUCUUAAUAGGUUUAUAAAUGUCACAGAAUUGAUGUUUCUUCUAUGGAACACAAAAAGUCCGAAUGACAGCAUCGGUUACCAUUUACUUACAUUUGAUGUAAUAAAGAUGUUGAGAAUGGUGACUAAGGCUGUCAUUCUGCCUAACAUCUUUUGGGUUUCUAUGAAGGUCAUAGGGGUUUGGAAUAACAUGAAGGUGAAUAAAUGAUUACAGAAUUUUCAUUUUUGAGUUAAUUAUCAGUUUAAUUGUUGUUGGGUUGUAAAGCAUAAUCGGUGAAAGAUCAUUCAUAAAAAUAAAGUUUUGUUACAGUAGAAGCCCACAUUCGUGUUUCCAGUCAAUCCCAAAAAUGCAACCCUGCAGGGAGCUAAAUCAAUAAUCCCAGGCCAUUCAGACAUCACAUAAAAUAGCCAUAGUUUCUAACAGAGCAUGGCUCUAUGCACCAGAUGGGAUUCCAUCUUUUACUAGACAGACAUAAUAUGGUUGAUAAACUGAGUUAGAUUGUGUAAGUUUAUGAUAAAAUACAUGAUGUUAUGUGUCCUUUUCCUGUAUGCAUAAACACAGAAAUUGUACAGCAUGACAUGAGAGACAUUGAGACAAAAACAGACACAAAGAGAGAGCUAAAGGUCAAUAAAUCAAAGUGGACAAAAGUGUGCAGACUAACGGUCCUGCUUUGUUUAUAUGUGUAUAUGUAACCUGCUCCAUUUUGAGUCACUUUGACACAGAAAUACAUUUUGAGUUUUAUGCACUAAAGUAAAAAGGACAGUUUGAGCGAACAUUUAAAUAAUUAGAUCUCAGCAAUGGAUUGGAGAACAAAUAAUAAUAAUAUCAUUAGAAAGCUAGAAAUGUUGAAAGCCUUCCAUUUUAUUUUAGGUAACAUUAGGGUCAAAGUGACUCUAAAUGAUGGAGUAGGUCACAUAUAGUUUACUAACUCCCACCAUGUACGACUGACAUUGAUUGGUCUUUAGCAACCAGAUAAAGGGACUUUAAAGUGACAGUACACCCAAAAAUGACAAAUAUGUCAUAAUUUACUCACCCUCACGUUGUUCCAAGCUCUUCUAUGCAACUCAAAAGAUUUUAGCAUCAGUCACCAUUCAGUUUCAUUGUAUGGAAUGUGCAAAGAAAGAUGCAAUGAAAGUGAAUGGUGACUGAAGCUAAAAUCUCCUUUUGUGGUCCAUGGAAGAAGGAAAGCCAUAUGGGUUAGGAGCAACAUUAGAGAAUUUAUAUUUUUAGGUGAACUAUACUGUUAAAAUGCAAUAUUUAUUUGACAAUAUCCCUAAAGUUGCAAAGCAUCAUAAAUAAUUUCCUUUUUUUAUACUGUUGAAAAGUAAAACUGGACAUGUAUGAGCCCAAUUGCUUUAGGCAUAGUCUUGCAAUCCUCAGGUCUCCAUUACUUAAAGUCAAAGUUAGGAUAAACACACAAGUGUCAAUCUGAUGACCUGUAACAGGACAUACUUAAACCAACAGCAUCAUGUCUGGAGGCAUCGCACAUGACAGUAUGCAGUAAAAUGGACACCUGGCAAGAGCUUCAGACUGACUAUACAUCAUUUUAUUUAAACAACAGAGUAACAUGCAGACAGCCCACACACAGAUGUCAAUGACACAGAGGAAGAAUGAGUCCUCAGUCUUAGCCUAUCAGGGACUGCAGGCAUUCAAAGGUGAGAAUGACCUCAGACAGAUCAGUGGGUGACAAAACUCCACUGCAGAAAACCUGAAAAACAUCCAAACUAAAAAUGUAGUGUUUUUUUAAUAACAGACCCUUCCAGAUCUCACACACAUGUAUGCACAGGCACACAGACAUACACAUAUGCAGGGUGGUGAUGAGAAAGGUUUUAAUGAUGUAAAGCUAAAACGGUCUGUGUCACAAUACUUGUAAAAUAGGACAAUUAUAAAUAUGACUUUUUGUUAAAAAUGUAUGAAAGUUUGUCUGACCCAUCAAUUGUUUAUAUAAGUUUUAGAAAAAUUGCAAUGUGCAAAAACCAACAUGGUUUCUGUGGUCAUAGCUUUUAAGAAGUUAGCAAACUGACUCUAACUGCCUCUUUCUAUCCUUAAUAUAUGUAUUUAUAUGCAAAACCAAAUGAAAUACUGUAAGUGUAAUAUAAUUUAGAGGCAAUCACACUGCAUUAUUUUACAAUACCAUUAUUGGAUUAAAAAGCCAUGGCCAGAGAUCACACUUAGGCCAAGUAUGUGUAGAUUAUUUAAAAUACCAAAUAGGUACUAGUUAACAGGCAAUUAACAUACAGGGAACCUUUUUAAUAUUCUGCAGAUGAGAAUUUAAAGAAAUUGUUUUGUUUAUUGGUUAAGUAAGAUUAGUUAUUAGGAUAUUUAACUGUAAAAUACCAACAAAAACAUGGCUACAAGAGAUAGCAACAAUCCUAUUGAACUAACUGUCUAACUGAGAUGUAUGUGAAAGUGCAAUUAAAGAGUGUUUCCAUGUGCAUUUAAAAGGUGUGUAAUUAAUGUUCAUCUUUGGGGUUUUUUACACAUUAAGGAGCCCUAAAACGUUUUGUGACUUUUCAUGUGCACUGAAAAUACUCGAAUUGUCUGUUGUCAUAUUUGCAAUCAAUCCAUGUUUUGACUGACACCUAGUGGACAUUAUACCCCCCACUUUCUCAAAAGUGUCAGUGGCAGGUCUUUUAUGGAACCUAAUUAUAAUGUGUUCUCUCUGACAUCAUCUGAUAUUAGAUUUGUAUAUAUUUAUGAUGGGUUAAAGCAACAAAUAACAGUAAUAAUAAAAAUAAUUAAAUUAAUAAUAAUUAAAAAGGUGCACUGUAGUGAAUCAAGAUAAACGUGAGUUUCUUCCACCAAGCGCCCUGAGCCUCAGACACAGCAGGAAUGCUGGCGAAAUAAUGUGUAUGUUUUUUGAUUAAUUCUAAAUGUAAUAAAGACUGAACUAUUCUAAAUUCCCUUUUCCCCCUUUCUUUCAUAUUGUGCAUUUAAAGGUGCACUCGGUAAUUUAUUUUCCUAAUUAAAAAAGUUUAACACCUAAAGACAUUAAUUGUAAUUUUGCAAUAUAUGUAGUAAAUCACAACCACUCAUGUUAAAAUGAAGAAUCCAAUCAUAAAAGUAACCUUAUAAAAGCUGUUUUGUUCUACAUGAAGAAGGUCCCCUCAUGAGGGCUGCCAUGUUAGAAUCACAUGACCAGCUGAAAACUACUCGCUUAAUCUCAGUAACUGUCCUGUUAUUUGACACUUUCACUCUUUGAUUAAUGUAAUUAAUAGACUGUAUAGGCUACUACAUUUCUGCAAUGGCAUUUGAAAUUGAAAACUCUUAAUUUUAAAUGAAGCUGCAUCCAGGUGUCAGUGUGUCAUCAAUUCACCAAGAUGACACAAAGAAAAGAAGUUACUGAGUGCACAUUCAAUUGCUGUUUUAAAUAUAUAUGCAAGUCAUGACCUUUGACUGAAAGUUUAUUGAUUGCACAUUUGUACAUUGAAUGUUGUAAAUUUGUAUGCCAGGUCUACAUAAAAGUGUAAUUUCUGAUUUCACAGUUCAUACUUAGAGUUUAAAAAGUCAGUGUAAUUCAUACUUAAGUGUCAUAAAUAUUAUUUAAUGGCCUAAACAAAAACUAUGCCAUUUAUCGUCUUUUUUUUUUUUAAAGACCUGCCAUGUGAGAGUGAUGAGGAUGCAUUUGAGCAGUCAUAUUUAGUAUUAGUCAAUGCAGGCCCUACUAAUAACUACUAAUCUAAUAACAAAGUAAUCAAACAAUGAACACAAGACACAUGAACUUGGAGGGAAACAUGAAAUCACAUGACAAGAACCAGGAACUAGACUUUUCAAAAUAAAAGACAUGAGACAUAAAUAGAAUUAAUCCAUUUACUGCUAAAUCCUUCUCAGGUUAAGCCAUGGAUUUGCAGAGGAAAUAAUUGUCUGUUUAUAAACUGGAGACUUCAACUAAAGUAAAUCACAAGUUUAAAUCCAUUAACAACAACUCUGAAUAUUACAUUUAGGUACAAUAAUUCACAUUUACCUUUUUUUAUCCAGUCGCCAUUGAGGGAACUAUUAUGCUUCUAUCUGCUGGCAGAUAAGUACUAAAGGUGCUGAUAAGUAAUUUAAAAUAGUCCAUAGAUAUGUGUAUGUGUAAUAACAUUCAAGAUUGGUUAACUAAACAUAUGUCCAGAACUCACAUACAUCUCCCAUUUACCUUUUGGCUUAUUUUUAAUCCAAAGUGGAAGACGAGGUCAGAUUGUAUACAAGUUUCUGUGUCCUCAACCAUGAAAUACAUAGAAAUGUUCAAAAUUUAUAUUGCCAAUUGCUUUAGGGUAAAAGCACCAUCCUUGCUCAGUGGAUUCAAUUUGGUAUGAAAACUGGGCAAUCCAUCUUUGCUCUCAACAUGUCAAG